AUGGGCACCAGAGAGGCGACUCUACGAAUGGACAACAUGGAAGUGAAAGAUGAGUGGCAGGACGAAGACUUUCCCAGACCACUACCAGAGUACGGAGACAUGGAAUCCUCCUGUGGUCUCACCGACGACAGAGCCUUAACCCCUGACACCCUGAAGGAGGAUGGAGGUGGUUCAUCUGCCCACAAUAAGCGGCGUACGCUGAUUGCCCCAGAGAUGAACCUUUCGUUGGACCAAAGCGAGGGCUCUUUACUGUCAGACGACUUCUUGGAUACACCAGACGACCUGGACAUUAAUGUGGAUGACAUCGAUACGCCAGAUGAGACCGACUCACUGGAGUUCGUCACCAAUGGCAAUGACCUGGAGUGGGAGGACGACACGCCGGUAGCCUCAGCCAAAGCGGGGCCCAGCAAUGGCUCAGGAGAGGUGGAGGAGGAUGGGACGGGUGGUAAUGGACGUCUCUGGAGGACAGUGAUCAUUGGUGAACAGGAGCACCGUAUCGACAUGCAGGUCAUCCGACCCUACCUCCGGGUCAUCACGCAUGGAGGAUACUAUGGCGAGGGCCUAAAUGCCAUCAUCGUUUUCUCCGCUUGUUACCUGCCUGACAGCAGCUGCCCAGACUACCACUACAUCAUGGAGAACCUCUUCCUGUAUGUGGUGAGCAGCCUGGAGAUGCUAGUGGCCGAGGACUAUCUGAUCAUCUACAUGAACGGAGCCACACCUCGCAGUAAGAUGCCUGGGAUCAGCUGGCUCAAGAAGUGCUACCAGAUGAUUGACAGAAGGUUGAGGAAGAACCUGAAGUCCCUGAUCAUCGCCCAUCCUACUUGGUUUAUACGCACCGUACUGGCCAUUUCCAGACCCUUUAUCAGUGUGAAGUUCAUGAAUAAGAUCCAGUACGUCCACAGUUUGGAUGAGCUUGCAGAGAUUGUCCCCAUGGAGCACGUACAGGUGCCUGAGUGUGUGGUGCAAUUUGAUGAGGAGAGGAUUAAAGCCCAGAAAGCGAGAAUGGAACAGGAACAGAGACAGCAGGAGCAGCAGCAGCAGCAGUCAAAUCCACGGGAGCCAAAUAAGACAGAGAGGCCAAAGUCAAUGUUUGCAGAUCAAGGAUUGUAA